CUGAUGGGUGCUUCAGAGAGCUGGGGCACUGGGAAGCCGUGAGGGGAUGGGGUGGCAGGAGGGGGCUGAGGGGCGAGGCAGGUGGCAGCGGGUCACGGGGCCCUUUGUGAGCUGCCAUGAUGCGGGCUGUGUCCAGGCAACGGCCCUUUGUGACCUCCGGGAUAGAAAUGCUGCUGGCAGCCUGGUUUCCCCACUUUUCCUGGAGGACGAGGCAGGACAGGUCGGGAAGGAGUGGAGCUGCAAGGAGUCCCUGCAGAGCCACCCCAUUCCUGCUGCCCGUGUCUUUGGUGCUUCCUGGAAGCGUUUCCCAUCCCUGUGGUGGGAGCCCUUGAGGCCAGACCUCAGCAGCAUGGCGGGGAGAGACCCCAGCAUGCCCAAGCUGGCCUGGACGGAGGAGGAGGAGGCCAAGGUUAAUGCCUCUCCAGCGCAGCAGCCCUAUGAGCUGACCGAGGUGCAGGUGCUGCAGGCAGGUGAGAGGCUGAGCUGGGCUGAAGGGCUGGCAGCUGCGAGCUGCCUCUGCCCCUUGCCGUCCUCACAGGAGCUGCUGUCCCAUGUGGCACGGGGCGAGGGGAACCGUCCAAACCCAUGGGAUGAGCAGGGAGAGGCAGGCCGUGGGCAGCCAUCCUGUGGCUACAGACCUCUCCUGCGCCAUGGCAGCAAGCACCUUGUGGGGUGCAGGGCUCUCCGCCCUUACCAUGCCGCGUCUGCUGGGGAACACCUGGCUCCCAUGCAUGCACAAGAGAGGUUGGGCUCAGUGCCCAGCUAGUUCCUGGCUCGGGGAUCACCCUGCCUGGGCAGCAUGGUCUUGGCUAUGUCCUCCAGCCUCUCCCACGGACCCUCAGCUCUGUCUGUGCUUGGUCUUCACCAAAUCCAGGCUGGGACCAGACAGAACAGGAGCAGCAGCAACAUCAGGAGCAGGAGGCCAUUGCAGUCGAGCUGGAUAAGCGUGUACUACACAGUGUCAUCCCUCCACAUCAUGCACCGGGCAUCUUGAGGAGCAUCUACCAGUGGCUCGUGUCCAACACAGAACAGUCUGCCCAGCACCGCCUGGACAAGAGCCUUCUGGAACUGGCCGAGGAGCACCCCCACGACGUGGUGGUGACUCUGCUGCGCUGCUCCCCAGCGUGCGACAGAGCUGCCGUGACCAUGUGGAGGGUGAUGGUCGUCUCAUCCCGGACUAAAAAGAAGGUGAUGACAGAGCUGUGCCACGUGCUGAAGGACUGGCCCUUUCACAGGACGUCCACCUCUGACGGGGACAACACGGAUGUCUUCGCCCUGGCCGCAACCAGGGUGCUGUGGGAGCUCCUUCGGCCAGCCAACUACCCAAUGGAGCAGGAGAUGAGCUUCUCUCUACCCCUGAUGGUGUUGCUCUUCCAAAUCUUCGCAAGCGCGCAGCAGACACCAGAAGAGGUGGAGACCUUCUUCAGGGAAUGCCAGCAGGAGGAGGGCAUUGCCACCAGCCCUAGCAGGUUCGCACUGCUGACUCUGAAAGCACUGCUCUGCCGUGUUGGGUAUGAUAUGCUGGUGCUUGAAUUGGGAAAGAGGAAUAUCUGGGAGAUGCUACUCCACGCUGAGAGCCACCACUGGGCAGUGGGUCUGCUGGCCAGGGCGAUGAAAUACGUCUCAAGAACAGAGCGCCGACGGAUUGUGCUGUAUCUGGAAACGUGGCUCAACAACAACGAGCCACGCUGGAAGGUCCCCGCCAUGGCCUUCCUGGUCGAGAUGCUGGACUGUGAGGACCUCAAAAUGGAGUGUCUUCGAGUCAUGCAGCUCUUCCCAAGAUACCUGAGGAGUGAGUGCACGGCGAUGCGUCAGCUGGUGCUCAAGGGCCUCAAAACGCUCAGCAGAAGACCCUAUGUGGCGAAAAAAAUGGAGUUCCUGGUGCCAGAGAUCAUGGGGAUACUGCCAGAGUUGGAAGGGGACGUGGCUGGAAAUGCACUGUUUGUGCUCAAAAACAUGUUCAAGGAGAUGACCAUCAGCAAGGCCAGCCCCACCGCUCUGCAGCUGGCAGAGAGGCUGCCAGCGUUCUUUGACAGUGAAUCCAGCUCCACGCAGCUGCAAUCCAUCCACUUCUUCAGAGCUGUGAUGAGCCACCUUUUUGCAGCAAGGAAGAAAAAGCAGCUGAAGAAACACGUGCGCCAGAGCGUGAUCCCGCUGUUCUUCCACUUGCACGACGAGAACCAGCAAGUGGCCGAGGCCGCAGAGGAAACCCUUCUCGAUGCUGCCAAAUUCCUGCAGAGGACACAGCUCGUGGACCUGCUGGAGGGAAAGCAAACAUGGAGACUCGGCAAGUGCCUGCUGGAGGACAACAGCCUGGAUGAGCACCUGCGCCAGAGCCUGCCAUACCUGCAGAGCCCGCAGGAGCCCUUGCGAUUGGAGGCUGUCAGGUUCAUCGGGCUCAUUGCACGGCGAGUGAGGGAUUGGCAUGAGGAGGAGCUCCCCAUCAUCUAUGAAGCCAUUCAAGGCAUGACGGACGACGUCAGUUCCUCUGUCUCUUCGCUCGCAACUGAGACCCUCUUCAUUGUACGAGCUGCAAUGAGGUUGCCACGCAGUGUACCUGGAUUACGACGGCUGAGGUACCGGCUCUGGAAGGCGCGGAAGAAGUGCUCUGCACUGGCCUUCCUGUGCUGCUGUUGCUGUGCACAGGGAUGAUGGCAGGCAUCCUGUGUGCUGGGGCCACCCAAAAGCGUGUGGAAGGCUGGGUGUCCCCUGGACUCUCCCAGCAUGUGUCACACCUCCAGCCUUCAGGACCUUCUGCCCCCUUCGCUUGCUCCCAGAUCUGCUUGGCCUUCCCCAGACAAGCAGUCCGUCUUCUUCCCCUCAUCUGCGUGUCUUUCCUUUGCGGCAAUAAAAUCGUGGAAGACUUGGG